UCUGCACGUCUCUGCUCCUUUUUCUGUCUUCCCUCUUUUCCCUUUGCCACCAUGGCAUGGCUUUAGCAGUGCUAGAAUAGACCAUUCCUGUCAGCCUCCUGUUCCUCACCUCUGUGUGUUUUGCUCCUAGCUGCAGGUAACCUUUGGUAGAUGGCUUCUGUGUGUGGCCUAGGUGUAUUUUUAGCUCUAGGCUUUGCUUGUUUCAGACUGUGGCACACUGGUCCAUUGUUAGAGUGUGGCUUUCAUCUCCUCUCUGGGAGGGACCAGUUAUAACUGAUAGUUGCUUCUUUGCCUUUUCAAACAUCACUCCUUUCCUUGUAUCUUUUUUCCUUCUGGCAAACACUUCCCUCUUUUGGAGCUCAAGCCAGCAUAGCUCUGCAAAGCUCUCUCCAAGCUUCUAACAAGGACAGCCAUGGAUAAAAGUGAGUUGGUACAGAAAGCCAAGCUGGCUGAGCAGGCCGAGCGUUACGAUGACAUGGCUGCUGCUAUGAAAGCUGUCACUGAGCAGGGACACGAACUGUCCAAUGAAGAAAGGAAUCUCCUCUCCGUGGCCUACAAGAACGUGGUCGGUGCCCGUCGCUCGUCCUGGCGUGUGAUUUCCAGCAUCGAACAGAAAACAGAGAGAAACGAGAAGAAACAGCAGAUGGGAAAAGAAUAUCGUGAGAAAAUUGAGGCUGAAUUGCAGGAUAUCUGCAAUGAUGUUCUGGAACUCCUGGAUAAAUACCUUAUUGUCAAUGCCACGCAGCCAGAAAGCAAGGUCUUCUAUUUGAAAAUGAAAGGUGAUUACUACAGGUACCUUUCAGAAGUGGCAUCUGGGGACAAUAAGCAAACAACGGUAGCAAACUCCCAGCAAGCUUAUCAGGAGGCAUUUGAAAUUAGCAAGAAAGAGAUGCAGCCAACACACCCCAUUCGACUCGGUUUGGCUCUAAAUUUCUCUGUCUUCUACUAUGAGAUCCUAAAUUCUCCUGAAAAAGCCUGUAAUCUGGCAAAGACGGCAUUUGAUGAAGCGAUAGCAGAGCUGGACACGCUGAAUGAAGAGUCCUACAAAGACAGCACCCUGAUCAUGCAGCUGCUUAGGGACAACCUCACUCUAUGGACGUCGGAAAACCAGGGAGAUGAAGGGGAUGCUGGGGAGGGAGAGAACUAAUGGCUGUCACGCUUCACUAUAUGUUCAAUGUCACCCUGUAUCCUACACAUAAUCCCUUUGUGCGACAAGCAAAAAGAAUAGUACAUUGACUUUCACAACCUCAACGUAGCAAAAACUGUCUGUGGGGUAAAACCGGUUGGUUGGUGUUUGUGUACCUAGAGCGGAGGUCGGUUAUUCCAAUGGCAUUCCGAACUUUCCUAUUCCGAACAUUUACAGCUCCGAUUACCGUGUUUAUAUUUUUAACUGAACACUGUGAUGAUAAUAAUAAUAAAGGGUUUUGUGAUUGCAAUUGACUUUACAAAACUCUUAUUGGUAGAAAAGUAGACAUCAAUUAUGUAACUCUGGCGAGCUUAAUUUGGCACCAAAAUAGUUGAAGUACAAUUCUGUUGUAAAGUUGUACAGAAAGUUAUAGAGAUUCUAUUGUGACACUGGGGCAUGGAAGGAAAACAAUCCAAUGUAUGGCAUUCCAGUUAGGGACACUGCUAUGAGGUAGUUGAACAGGCACACUCUGUAGACAUUUGUAACCGAGUCUGAGGCACCACUUUCAGUCAAAAGCUCACUUUGUCAAUCCUGUCUUUCCGGGGAUGGGGUUUGUUUUGGGGAGGAGGGAAACAGGGGAGUUAGCAGCUUGAUUUCCAAACUCUUUACACUGGCAGAUAACUGGGGUUUGACUUCUCAAAGUGCUUUCAUGCUCAUACCACAUGCAUGACUAAGCCCCUUCCCACAGCAAUAACUUUUACCUAGUUACAACUUAGAUAUUCUUCAGUAGUAAAAACUCUUGGUUCGCUGCCAUGGACUUGCAAUAGGAGAAGAUUCAAUUUUUUGAAUGGCCUUAUUAGUUUGAAUGAUACCAUGAAGUGAUCUGCCACUUUUGCAUUACUUUACUCUUAGGUAAAUCAGAAUCUCCAUGGUAUUCCCAUUCUCAAUUUAUCCUGAAAACUUUUAAAGUAAUCCACUGAGCCAUCUUUUAGUUCACUUUAUUCUCCCACUGGACUCUGUUCAUCCUUGACCCUUUCACCCGUUUAAACUCCAUUGAAGCAGUUUUGGACUCCCAUAUGCAUCAUCCUUUCUUUGCUUCCUGGUGCUGUCAGGAUGGUGGAUGAGGCCUGCACCUCACCAAGGACAGGUUUCUCCCUUGGGUGUUUGAGGGCUGCCAGUGCUGUUGUAUUCUUCAGCUCUUGUCUGCCAUUCUUUGGUAGUACCAGGAAACUAACUCAAGUACUGGCUCAAAUAUUCAGGAUUUCCCAUCUUGUACUGGAAUGCAGACCUACACAUCUGUAAUGCUUGUAAUAUUUGAGCUCCAAACGUCCUCACCUUGUCAUGUUUCAAACAUGUCCCAUUAAACAAAACCUAGUAAGAGUUGCGUGAAUAAUGCAGUGGAAAAGAUUAGGAAUAGUCACCUAUCAGUCCCGUGGUAUCAUCCCCUGCCUUCACAUUCCACUUAGGUAUAGGAUCCAUCUGUUUGUCCAUCUGUCUGCUGAAGAGAAUUUCAUGCACUGAUUUUAAAACUCCCCUCUACUAGCUGAACAAAUUGUGCAGUUAAUACUUGGCGCUUGAUAAAUGCAGUAGUGAAUGUGGAACCGAGCCUGUCUGUAUAUCUGGUAGCUCUUUUCGCUUUGUUUUUACUGACCAGUAUUCUGCCUAAAGUUUGCUUCUGUGACGGUUAUAUUGCCUAGCACACACGUGGUUGUGAGAAUAGUAUAGCAAAAAGAAAUACCUGGUUAUUGAUGUACUAGAUUUGUGUAUGUCUUUUAAACAGUUCUAGUUUCACCUUACACAAAAUAAUCAGGAAAGUGUAAAAGAAUUCAAAAGUGAAUAAUAAAAAAAAAUUUUAUCA